UACACACUGCCCAGGCUUGCACCGUGGGGAGGUCCCUUUGGUGCUGCUAACACAGCAGUUUGACUUCACCCCUGGAGGCACAUUCCAUUGACUCUCUAGCCAGAUGGAUGUCAACAAGGUAUCUCUAGCCAAUUCUGAAACACAGCUGUGGGACAUUACAGUAUUGCAGUCAAACCAACAAUUCAUGUUUUGCUAGAUAGGCACAUGAAGGGGCUGAGGCUCAUAUCGUCUCCUAAUGUUCAUGCCUCCAGUAGCAACAUAUGGAACAUCAUUUCACGAGCUACUUCAUAGAUGAGCAGCAAUUUGAAGUCUACGUUAAAACCCAGCACAAUGGUUGUGGCACAGACUGUCCAUGCUAUACAUUUAAAGCACCUCCCCAAGGAUCCUGAAAAUGGUAGUUAACCCUUCAUGGAGCUACAAUUCCCAGUGUUCUUAACAAACUACAGUUCCCAGGAAUAUUUUUUUGGGGGUGCUUUAAAUGUAUAGAAUGUACGCAGCUACAGACAGAAUGGGCUUACCUCAAUAAGUUGGAGGGUAAUUCGUUGUCUAAAUGUAUUUGAACUAGAACUGCCAUUUGUCAAAAUUCUUCUAUGUGAAGCAUAACUCUAAGGAGCAUUCAAUAUUUACUUUAAGAAAACCGUAACUGUACAAAGGGGGGUGACGAAUCAAUGAACUGCUGCGUAAUUAUUAAACAGCAGAAUCCAGAAUUGCAGUCCUUGGGCAGUUUUACCGGCAGCGAUGGUGGAGGCAGCACCCUGUUUGUUUAAUCUGGUGCACAAACACUUUGAGGACUGGGUUGUUCAGUACAGUACUUCCCUCACAGUAAUGCGAUAUGGCUACCUACCGUACUUGCACCUUUACAAGAAGAGUACACUUCCUCCACUUCUGGAUAGGUACCUCCCAGUUAAUUCUAGGAAUCAGAAUGGUCCGAACCUGCAAACGAUAGAAACAGACGAUAAAAGGAGGCCAAGAAACAACAAACAUGUUUUAAGUAAUGAAGAUAAAGAUGAGCUCAUCCAGCAGUCUCUGCAAGAAAAGCGUUAUCUUGAAACCUAUGAGAACAUGCAUAAGCUGAAAACAUUAUUGAGUAAACGCUACAGGACGUUGUUGAAUCAGAAAGUUAGAAAGCAACGAAUUCAGAUCAAGAUGUCUGAUCUCAGAGGCCAACAACUUCUUAAACACAAAACGAAAAAGUGUAUCUCCAGUCCCAGAGUGCCCUUCUGCAGUUUGUCUCAUGAUACAAAAUACCUGGAGUCCAUCCCACACUCAAAAAGUUACCAGAUUAUAGGGUUGCAGAACGAAUUAACUAAACUUGGAAUCUUAAAGAACCAACAAGACAAUGAAAACUUUUGGAAACUCAUCCAGGCAGGCAUUCAUGGUUCAAAGCUCAAAGAAAAGCUUCCAGAUAUAAAGGCAAAAAUGUUAGCUACAAAGUCUUUGCCUCUGUCAACUUCAGCAAGAACCAGUCCAGUCCAGCCUUUUGAUGGCUUUAAAAACAGUAGCAGCCUGGAAAAAAGUACAGAUUCUUUGCUGCCGUCUGUUGACGACCGCCAGUCUCCAGCUUAUCAUAUGAGGAAACAGUUGCUGCUUUCUUGGCUUUCUGAAGUGCAGAAAAGACUUGGAGAGCCAUCUAGGACUCAGCAGGUGAAGAAAACAUGCAAACAAAAUGGGAAAUAUGAACAGCAACUUCACUCAUUGCACCAUAUGUAUUAUUUUUCUCUUCUUAACAUGGCACUAUCCAGGAGGCUCCUAGAACAAAACGGACAGUUUACAGAUGUCAGAAUACAGCAGAGUGUGCAUGAUCUGAUGAAUUAUUUGUAUCCAAAUUUCCAUCAACGAUCUGGAACGAAUCAGAGCAAGAGGUUAAUAGAGGAAAACUUGGUUCCAUCUUUCGUCAGUGAAAACCUGCAGGAAAGGCAUUGUAAGGACUCCACCAAAAUAUUAAGAAUUUCAAAAGAAAACAAAAAGAUGUUGGAGCAACAUGAAGAUAGAAGUGUUCUUGAAAUAUGAGUACACUUAACCUGUACAGGCUUGUGUCCAUUUAGUCUUUUACCUGGUAGAUGGAUAUCACAACUUAAAUGAAGUUGUCAUUUCUAAUAAUGUUAUUUUCAGUUUCUCUGAUAGAGUUGAAACUCGGAACAUCUCUACCUUUGCCCAGCAUGAAAUGGUUACUGUGCCUUUAACUCUGGGAGAUGUUGUUCUCUAUACUCAAGUUGUGAUAGAUUCAUACUUUUCCCUUCCUUUCCUUUAUCGAGUUACUUAUUAUGACAUCAGUAAUUCACAGAACCUGGUUUAUCAGGUUCAUCUAAAAUAAUCCUUAUUGGAAAGGAAAAAAUGGGUCUUUAAUGUGAAUGGGCAUUCUGUAAAAUAAAAUAAAAACCAGUUUUCAUACAUCUCUUCUCAAUGCUACUAUAAUUCUGUACAGACCCAAUUUGCAGUAUCUGCCAGACAUUUCAAAUUAAUCUAAUCGUGUGUGUGUAUAUAUAUAAUUUUUUUUGCAAUAUAAGUCAAUUAGGCCUCUUAUCUCAGAGGUAAAAAAAUAAUUUUUUGUGAAGUACAACAUGCUUUUCCCAGUCAUUUAUAUAGAAGAUCAGUACCACAACUGUUGGCAUUAUGAAACAGCUGUUGCUCAAGCUUGUAUUACUGUUCAUGCACAUAUGCUAUUUUCUUGGUUGUUAAAUUGAUCAUUCCGUAUGGCGUAUAUUUAUCAAUAUACAAUAUAUACAAUAUACAUAUACAAUCUAUGUUGCUUUUUAGGAAACCACACCAUUAAACACAUAUUGGACAAAUUAUGUUGACAAUGACUCCAUCAUCAACAGCAAAAAAGAGUAACUACAAGUGGGAUCUUUUGAAAAUAAUCUGCUCUGUAGAUUAUUGUGAUUAGUGUUGAGAUUGGUGUGUGUGUGUGUGUGUGUGUGUGUGUGUGUGUGUGUGUGUGUGUUCCCCUACCAUCCCUUUCUUUAAUUAAAAGUUGAGAACAUUUUUGAAAAGAUUAUUGUUGUUUAGUUGUUUAGUCGUGUCCGACUCUUCGUGACCCCAUGGACCAGAACACGCCAGGCACUCCCGUCUUCCACUGCCUCCCGCAGUUUGGUCAGACUCAUGUUGGUAGCUUCAAGGACACUGUCCAACCAUCUUGUCCUCUGUCGUAUUAAUGCAUAGGGUUCUUUUUUUCUUUGUUGAAAUAUUGGGCAUUGCAAUGUAUCCCCCCCCAAUGUGAUUUAUUGUUAUGCAUUUAUUCUCUCUCUCAUUACUCCAUAUGCAAGUCUUGUUUUAAUUCCUAAAAAAAAAACCCACAACCCUUUGCAUCCUUUCCAUGGUGUUGCUCAAAUCUGCAUGGGCAUCGGUUGUGAUAAAUACUUUUUUCAAUUAAAAAAACAAAACGCUUUUAAAUUCCAAGUUGUGCAAGAUAAUACUAUUAUUCUUUCAUUAAUUAAGAGGAUGAACAGCACAAGUGAUUGUUCCUUCCAUUCCCUACUCUUAAAUACGUUUCUUUGCCAACGUCCACAUGUACUAAGGACUAUUCCCAGAACCCUGAGGUUCUUUCUUCCGCCACCACACUAGUGCCAGAGGGCACAAGAGACAGACCAGCCUUGCUGGAACACACACUUCAGAAACCGAAUGUGGCAACUUUAAUUGCGAGAUCAUCAUUUCCAAAGGGCCUUGUCUAUGAUAUGUUUGCAAAAGUAUUUCAUCUCCUAAUAGGCUUCAGUCAGUGAUGGGCUAACCCUCCAGGCUACUUGCUCUCUGCUGUAGGUCUUGCUCUUCAACCUUAGGGGUCAUGUGGGAGUUCCAUGACUGGAAACCACUAGAGAGCGUCUCCACCCCCAUCGUUCUGCCCGGACACUGAGGUCCAGUGCCGGCGGCCUUCUGGCGGUUCCCUCGUUGCGAAAAGCCAAGUUGCAGGGGACCAGGCAGAGGGCCUUCUCGGUAGUGGCACCCGCCCUGUGGAACGCCCUCCCAUCAGAUGUCAAAGAGAAAACCAGCUACCAGAUUUUUAGAAGACAUCUGAAGGCAGCCCUGUUUAGGGAGGCUUUUAAUGUUUAAUCGAUUAUUUUAUUUUAUUUUUCUGUUGGAAGCCGCCCAGAGUGGCUGGGGAAACCCAGCCAGAUGGGCGGGGUAUGUAUAAAUAAAUAAAUAAAUAAAUAAAUAAAUAAAUAAUAAUUAGAAUUGGGGCCAUGAUCCUGGGGGCAAGGGCAAAUUCAUUCCAAGACAUUGGACUGCCUGAGGCAAAAGACGAUGAGUGUGCACACAUGGCUAGUUCUAUGUGCAAAGAGUGACUGGACUGGUAAAUACAUCUUACUUGAGCAAUGACAACAGUCGAGCAUCUUCCAGUGCACAUAACCUCCCCACCUCCCACCCCAAAGCUUUUUUUUAGCUGUGAAGGGAAAGAUUUAUGAGCUAAGCCUGUAGAUUUUUCACUGUAUGGCUAACAACAGAGAAGAGAAACUUUCUGACAGUGUUUGGUAGCUUCCCCGAAACUUACCUGAUCUUGGUACUUUGCAAAUUUAAUCAAUCAUGCCUUUGGGUUUUGUACAGCUAAGUGAUCAAAUAUAUAGU